AGUCGGUCAAUCCUUAUUUUCCCGCGAGUUUAAAUGUGCAUAACCGUAUAUACCUGGAAUCGAGUUGACUCGGUUAUUCAAACACAGUCAGGAACGGAAAAUGUUUAUACUCCGAGUUCACUCAGUAGACACAGAGCAUCCUGUAACCGUCGAAGACACCACAUUCUUUACCGUAUCAACAACAUCAGCCACCGCCCACUCAAACCCUAAUCCUCACCCGAAAUACAGCGAAAGAAGAGGCGUCGUUCAUCUCUAUCGAAGCGCAUCGCAGUUGCCAAACCCUAACUCGCGAUCCACUUCUCUGUUCGUUGUUGCCGUACCUAAUUACUUCUCCUCCGAUGAUUUUAUUCGAUUCUGUGAAUCUCAUAUUGAUCAUGUUCAUGAAGUCCUCUUUAUUAGGAACGAUGGGAUGGAAGAUAGGUAUAGUGUUUUAAUAAAGCUUUAUAAUCAGUUGACAGCUGAUGCCUUUUAUGCCAACUUCAAUGGCAACCGAUUUUCGCCUGGUGAGGCCGAGAUAUGCCAUAUUCUAUAUGUGCUUUCUGUUGAUUACACUGAAGUUGCGGAGAUUGCCAGUACUCCUCCAGUAGGAUUCACCGAGUUGCCUACUUGUCCAAUUUGCCUUGAGAGAUUGGAUCCUGACACUAGUGGCAUACUCAGUACACUUUGUGACCAUUCAUUUCAGUGUUUGUGCACUUCAAAGUGGACCUAUCUGUCUUGCCAGGUCUGUCGACUUUGCCAGCAGCAAGAAGAGAAACCAGCUUGUUCUGUAUGUGGAACCUCAGAGAAUUUAUGGGUUUGUUUAAUAUGUGGAUUUCUAGGAUGUGGAAGAUAUAAAGAAGGACAUGCUAUGAGGCACUGGCAAGACAUGCAGCAUUGCUAUAUUCUGGAUUUAAGGACACAACAAAUUUGGGAUUAUGUUGGUGAUAAUUAUGUCCAUCGACUGAACCAGUCAAAAGCUGAUGGAAAGUUAGCAGAUAUGAAUUCUCGAGAAGGAGACUGUGGCAGUUGUGGAUGUAGUGAAGAUACUGGAAUUAGUGGGGCUCUAUUUAGCAGCAAAGUUGAAACGAUUGUAGAUGAGUACAAUCAUCUUCUUGCGACGCAGCUGAAGGCUCAAAGACAAUAUUACGAGUCUCUAAUUGCAGACGUGAAAAGUAAACGGGAAAUUUCCAUUGAAGAAGCAAUUGAGAAGGCUGUGACUUUCACAGUGCAGGACAUCCAAAGUAAACUUGAAAAGUUUGAACCGGAAAAAGAAGCUGUUGCAGAAAUCAACAGAAACCUCAUUAAAAAUCAAGACAUUUGGCGUAAAAAGGUCAAGGAAGCUGAAGACAGGGAAGCUUCAUGCUUACGCUCGAGGGAUGAGAGGAUAACUGAUCUGGAGGAACAGAUUCGAGAUAUUACAGUGUACAUCGGAGCCCAGAAAACACUUAAUAACAUGGAAGAUACAAAUGAUAUUCAGGGAGGGACAUUGUUACCUGUACCUUCAAAGCAGUCUUCCCCAGCUAGCAACAGAAAGCACUCAAAGCCUGGUCGAAGGAAAAAUUAAAUGAACAUCUUUCUCUCAUUUUGAGACUUUAAACAUGUGUAUUGUAUAUAAUUGGCAAUUGAAAACUUUUUGUUCUGUCAACUAACAUGUAACUAUUUUUUUGUCCAGUUGUUAUUUCUUCACAUUGUAAUUGAAUAAUGUUUGUGUGUAUUCUUAAGAACCAAAUCAGUGGCCAAACCGGUGUGGUCGCUGGUUCGCAGUGUUAGAUAUGUAUCUAGAAUUUCUAUUUGCUCUAUUUCUAAUGCAAUAAGGAUUAAUGUUUAUUGAUCAA